AUGAAGCUUUCUUUCGCUCUGUUGGCUCUGGCCGGCGCCGUCACCAACGCCCACUACACUAUUCCUCGUGCCUCAUCUGGUGGCGUGUCGGCCAGCGCAGACUGGCAGUUUACGCGCAGGACGGAGAACCACAACUCUAAUGGGCCCAUCACCGACGUCACGUCUUCGCAGAUGACUUGCUACGAGCUCAACCCAGGAACAGCCGCUCCCCAGACACUCCCCGUGAGUGCCGGUGGCACCGUCAAGUUCUCCAUCGCGCCCAGCAUCUAUCACCCCGGCCCAGUCAACGUCUACAUGGCGAAGGCACCCAGCUCUGUUGCAAACUUUGAUGGAAAGGGGGACGUGUGGUUCAAGAUCUGGGGAGAUGCGCCCAAGAUCACCUCGUCCUCCAUCGAGUUCCCUUCAAACGGUGUCUCGGAGAUAGAGGUCCCCAUCCCGUCUUGCAUCGCCAACGGCGAGUACCUCAUCCGCUUCGAGCAAACCGGCCUGCACUCGGCCUCGUCGCCCAACGGCGCACAGCUGUACCUCUCCUGUACUCAGGUCAGUGUGACAGGUGGAACGGGCACAUAUUCGCCCAGUCUAAUGAGCUUCCCUGGGGCGUACUCGGCCAACGAUCCUGGGCUGCUCAUCAACAUCUACUGGCCAGUUUCGACCAAUUACGCCUCUCCCGGUGGACCGGCUCUACAGUGCUAG